CGAAUGAUGCGCAUAGUCUCAGACUUAAGGGGGGAGGUUUGGAGCAGCCCGGACUCUCGUUGUUUAACAGGAUAUCUCCGCCAGGAAUAGUCAAAAUACUUUCUAGGAUUCACUUAAGAGCCUCUCUUGUGUAAGAAUAUAACACUGAACGACAAUUCGUUUUCGGGAGUUCUGUUACAGCGAGUUGAACAACUUUAGGAUACAGUUUUCGGAGGUGAGGAGACUUAAUUUCAUCGCGAGCGGAACGUUUUGGGAUAAAGGGACUAUCAAAACCACCUCACGGGCUCGACUCGCUUAGUUUCUUCGGGUCUGUAUAGGUUAGCUUGGUAGGAUAGAAGAAGCUUAUCGCAAAGGAAGUCAGACCCCAAUGUAAAUUUUAAAAAUUCAUCAACUUCACACUAUUUAGGAAGGGUUUCUUUCCCGCUCCGUUGAUUAUUGAGGGUUUUCGGACCGGGAGACUCACAUUCUUUUCCUCCGUCGCUCAAGUUUGGCAAAAAAUAUGCGCAAACUUGUUAGCUUAACGCAGAUAGCUCGGAGUAAGUGAGCUUCACACGUUAAAGUCUGGAUAUACUGUUUUUUCGGGAAGUUUUUUCUGCAUCAAAUUUCAGCCCAGUAGUCUUCCUUAUCUGACCAACGCAGGCUGUUUCACAGCCCCCCGCCUGUAAGUUGAGCACUGUGAAUGACCCACUGCUGAUGCCCCAAAGGUCUGAAUGGAGUUCCAGUCGCAGAGAAGCCAACAGUUGUAGCUCCCUCAGCAGGAUGCUGAUGAGGCAAAGUGUACUUCUGUUUCUGGCUUUAUUCGCCCAAGUUUUGAGGACCCAGUGCUGGCCAGCCAACACCGAUGAAGUCUUUGUGGAAACGCAAGCAGAGCUGUUCACGCUCUAUCUUGGGGACCGUCUGGAUCUGAGUUGCUCUGUCAAGGACUCCCUCCAUGCUGUCAACUGGACCAAAGACCAUGUGGCCGUAGUGGAUGGAGAACACACACGCAUCCGCAACGGCCAGCUGGUAAUCGAGACUGUGGAGCUGAUGGACUCUGGUCUGUACGCAUGCACCACCUUUGGCAACCACAGCCUCUACUUCAAUGUCUCAGUUGAUACCCUGGCCUCAUCUGAGGAUGAUGAUGAAGAUGAAGAGUCUUCAUCAGAGGAAGCCAAACUUUUGGGCAGUCAAAAACUGCUGCCAAUGGCUCCACAAUGGGCUCAUCCAGAAAAAAUGGAGAAAAAGCUUCACGCUGUCCCAGCCAGUAAGACCGUGAAGUUUCGAUGCCAGGCCAGCGGCAAUCCAACUCCCAUUCUGAAAUGGUACAAGAAUGGCAAGGAGUUCAAGAGAGACCAUCGCAUUGGAGGCUUCAAGGUCCGUGACCAUGUGUGGACCAUCAUCAUGGAAUCUGUAGUUCCCUCUGACAAGGGAAAUUAUACCUGUGUGGUGGAAAACCAGUAUGGCAGUAUCAAUCACACCUACCAGCUAGAUGUAGUCGAGCGUUCUCCCCACAGGCCAAUCCUGCAGGCUGGCCUGCCAGCUAAUCGCACUGUAGCAGUGGGCAGCGACGUGGAGUUUGAGUGCAAGGUGUUCAGUGACCCUCAGCCUCACAUCCAAUGGCUGAAGCAUAUCGAGGUCAAUGGAAGCCGUGUUGGUCCUGAUGGUUUACCUUAUGUCCGUGUCCUCAAGACCGCUGGCCUUAACACCACGGACAAGGAAAUGGAAGUCCUCCAACUGAGAAAUGUGUCUUUUGAUGACGCUGGGGAGUAUACCUGCUUGGCGGGCAAUUCUAUCGGGUUCUCUCAUCACUCUGCAUGGUUGACCGUUUUUGAAGUCGGUUCAUUCAUGAGAGCUGACUACCACCCCUCCCUGCCCCCUGUCACCCUACGUUCCCUCCACCUAGCUGUCACACACUACCCUCCAGCCAGCCACACCUACCUGGAGGUGGUCAUAUACUGUGUGGGCUUCUUUUUCAUCGCUGUCAUGAUUGCCAUCGCAGUUAUCGUCAAGAUUCGCACCUCCUCAAAGAAGAGUGACUUCAACAGUCAGCUGGCUGUCCACAAGCUGGCCAAAAGCAUCCCCCUGCGCAGACAGGUAACAGUAUCUGUGGACUCGAGCUCCUCCAUUCAUUCUGGAGUGAUGCUGGUUCGCCCUUCCCGCCUCUCUUCAAGUGGAUCUCCAAUGCUGUCAGGGGUUUCUGAAUAUGAACUGCCCCAAGAUCCCCGCUGGGAGCUUUCCCGGGGCAGACUUGUUCUUGGGAAGCCGCUGGGUGAAGGCUGCUUCGGUCAGGUGGUGAUGGGAGAGGCACUGGGUCUUGACAAAGAGAAGCCAAACCGUGUGACCAAGGUUGCAGUCAAAAUGUUGAAAUCUGAUGCCACAGAGAAAGACCUGUCAGACCUGAUUUCAGAGAUGGAGAUGAUGAAGAUCAUUGGGAAGCACAAGAACAUCAUUAAUCUGCUGGGAGCCUGUACACAGGAUGGUCCCCUGUAUGUGAUAGUAGAAUAUGCAUCCAAGGGAAACUUGCGGGAGUACUUGCGAGCUCGGCGCCCCCCAGGCAUGGAGUACUGCUAUAACCCAGACCAGGUUCCUGUGGAGAACAUGUCCAUCAAAGACCUGGUGUCCUGUGCUUACCAAGUGGCCCGAGGCAUGGAGUAUUUGGCUUCCAAAAAGUGCAUCCACAGAGAUCUUGCAGCUCGCAAUGUUUUGGUAACAGAGGACAACGUGAUGAAAAUAGCUGACUUCGGCCUGGCAAGAGAUAUCCAUCAUAUUGAUUACUAUAAGAAGACCACCAAUGGUCGUUUACCAGUCAAGUGGAUGGCUCCAGAGGCUCUGUUCGACCGGAUAUACACACACCAAAGUGAUGUCUGGUCAUUUGGGGUGCUGCUUUGGGAGAUCUUCACCCUGGGAGGCUCUCCGUAUCCUGGCGUCCCAGUGGAAGAGCUGUUCAAGCUGCUGAAGGAAGGUCACCGUAUGGACAAGCCCUCGACAUGCACGCACGAGCUGUAUAUGAUGAUGAGGGACUGCUGGCAUGCUGUGCCCUCUCAGAGACCUACAUUCAAACAGCUGGUAGAGGAUCUAGAUCGCUGCCUGGCCAUGACAUCCAACCAGGAGUAUUUGGAGCUCUCAGUGCCUCUGGACCAAUAUUCCCCCAGCUACCCUGACACCCGCAGCUCCACCUGCUCCUCUGGCGAAGACUCGGUCUUCUCCCACGAUGCUGGGGCUGACGAGCCCUGCCUGCCAAAGUUCCCUCCCCACUCCAACGGGGCAGCCAUUAAGAAACGCUGAUACCUCAUCUCUCCUUUCAGACAAACAUUCAAAUUUCCUCCGCUCCCUGCCUCAUGGGGUUGGACUCUUCCCCAUAUUCCCAGAGAUGAAGCUAAAAAAAAAAAAAAACACUGGUGCUUUGUGAGAAAGGAGCUUGGAGACACCUUGUAGAACUUGUUGGGUCACAUGGACUGAAGAGUGCAGCAGUUAUCCCCGUUCUUGGUGGUUACUAUAUUUAUGGGGCACUUUGUAUUAACAGGACUGGCAGUUUGUCACUGUAUCAGAAAAAAGAGCAGACUCCCAAUCUUCUCUCCACUUUGGGCAUUCCAGGGGUCAGGAGAAUGGAAAGGACUGACAGUGAUUAUGUCAAGUGUUCGUUGUUUUCUCCCUGCGUGGUCGUUGCAACAGUGGUGAAGGACUACAAUCUGCUUUUCAGACCAAAUCCAGAGAAAACACUACCAAGGGACGUACAGCACCGCGGUUCACUGCAUCAUUCUCCCUUCUUGUAAAUACAGUUAGAAAAUUAUAAAUAUGAAUAUAUAUUUACACUGUACUCUUAUUUUUAUUACCAUAAUUGAUUUAUUUUCUUUUGUACAAGGAUGCUUUUGUUUGAUCCAUUUUUGAAUAUAGUCAGUAGGGGCAGUUGUUACAUGAGAAUAUUUUAAAAUUGCUGAGGAUUACAUGGCCAGUUUUUUUGUUUUUGUUAUAUUUUUUUUUUUUUUUUUUUUGAUUCCCCUAAAUUUAAUGCGUAUUCAUCAAUGGAAAUAUAUAUAUCGGGUUUUCUAUUUUUUAACUGUAAGUGCUUUUCAUGACACUACCUGCAAUACAGUGUAACUCAGUGUUUGGGGUUUCUCUCAAUGAAAAGAGAGAGAUUUAUGAAAUUUCUUUGUGUGUGUGUGUGUGUGUGUGUGUGUGUGUGUGUGUGUGUGUGUGUGUGUGUGUGUGUGUGUGCGCGCGGGUUUGUCUGGGAAAAAUUUGAUCUUGUCUCAUUCAAGAUUGUUCAUUUACUUCAAGGAUGGUCACAACUGUAAAUAUUCCUGGUUGUACGCCAUGCUUGUUAAAAGCCCGAGUAAUUUGCUUCAGUCAACAUCAUGCACUUCCACUGUGCAUGCCUUCCAUGUGAUGAACUUAUCUUCUACUGUAAAUGCUUUUACAGGAGUUACAUUUGCUGCCAUAUAACUUCUGAUGAAGGGUUGCAGAACACGUAUGUCAUCGUAAAAGGAUUACAUUAAAUAAAAUGCUAUUGAAAAACCAA